AUGUUGGCCGUCCGAUUUCGAGCCCCUCGACUUAUAAGUCGAGGUCUGGCGACAGUUGCUUCCGCAGCAAAAGCUGCGCCAGCUCCUGGUCUUCACUGGCCGGCUGUGGUCCGCCCAAGUGCCAACGAGAUAAAGAAUGCCCAACUUGACGAACGCAACCUUGAAAAGGCCGUGCGACACAUCCAUCAAGAUGGUCUCGUGGUGAUUGAGGAUGUCGUACCACAUGAGGAUAUUGACAACCUCAACGACAAGAUGGUCCAGGAUGCUCGUGUGCUCCAAAACAUGGGCGAUAACGGGCCGUUCAACUACAAUCAGGGAAACCUGCAGCAAGAUGCGCCUCCCGUUGCCGAGUUUUUCUACCCGUCAAUAUUCACAAAUACCUUUGCUACUCAAGUGACUUCAGCUGUCCUCGGUCCCCGACCCAAAUGGACGUUUUGUUCUGCCAACUCGGCCAUGCCUCCCCUCCCUGGCGCCUCUCCUCAGCGACAGCCGGUGCACUCGGACGCUGAUUUCGCUCACCCAGCACACCCAUUUGCUCUUGUUGUCAAUGUGCCGCUGGUAACAAUGACACCAGAGAAUGGCUCGACCGAGCUUUGGCUGGGAACACACAAGACGGACAUCUCCUUUCAAGAAGGUGCUCAUGGAGAACGAGCAAGUGGUCGAAUCAAGGAGAGCUUCCUGCGUGAGCGUGAGGCUAUUCGCCCACCCAUCCAACCCAUCGUGAAGAAAGGAUCAGUCGUGCUGCGAGACCUGAGACUAUGGCAUGCCGGGAUGCCGAACCCAUCUGAGCAGGUCCGGAUCAUGCUCGCCAUGAUCCAUUUCGCCCCAUGGUACCGGAAUCCCAUGAGGUUGCAGUUUGGAGACAACUUGAAACCAAUCUUGGAAAAUCUCGACCAGCAAGGCAAGUUGGGUCUAGAAGUUCCAGUUGAUUGGGUCAGCUCUGAGGAAGCCUUGAAGACGUAUCUGAACCGUGGUUUCGGGAACAGCUAUGACUUUAACCAGGCCCCAUGA